AUGCCCCUCUCUGAAGAAGACUUACACGAGAUGGGUGGAUCUCCUCGAGGGGGGGCGCGUGCUGGACUGUAUUCUCCUGUGGAUGUGUCCCAGAGUCACAUCCCGUCUGGGCCAGAGGAAGAGACACUGUACCAUGGGUCAAAAGCUGUCCAUAAUUCUCACGGAGCCUCUUCUGAGCACAUCCAAGUCUCGCUCGAGUCUGGAGAACAGAGACAUGGCACGAAUGGACACGGGUCACAUCAUGAGGAGGAACGACCACACACGUUGGAAGAAGCUCCACACAAGGCUGAGGUGCAUGUGCUUCACGGCCACCACACCUCAUCUGGACACGGCCAUGAGCGACGGGAGCACACAGGCCCUUUAGCCAGCAGUCACGGCAACGGAGUCCUUGUACAUGAAAGUAAUGGCCAUAAAACACCUGUGCAUGCAGAAGAGAGGGACGGAACAACAAGUGAAGGCGAUCACAGCCGUCAUGUUCACCAUACUCAUCAUACAGAAACAGCUGGACACAGUGAAAACCUUCAUACACCAGUUCAAAACAGAAAUGAUCAACAUGACCACAACCCCCAUCAUCAUAUACCAGCCUUAAAUGGGCAUGGGACAAAUCAGCAGAAAGUCCAUAGUUCACAGCAUGAACAGCAUCAUCUUCAUCAUGUGAUCCCUGAGGCUGAGAAAGAGGAAGAGAGACAUCACCCACACGGAGUAGGAGACACGAGGAUACAGGUUCUGAGCGUGGAGCGGAACACGGACACACAUCAGCUGAACACAACGUUCAUGACCAUCACAGUCAUGAGACACAUAGAAAAGAAGCUGAACAUGGAGUUCAUGAUUCACAUACAACAGAACACAAAGCGAUCCAUCAGAGAAAUGAACACAGUGGUCACGAGACUGGACACGAGAAUCACGUUGGACCCGAGACUGGACAUCAGUCUCACGGUGGACCCGAGACUGGACACCAGUCUCACGGUGGACCUGAGACUGGACACCAGUCUCACGGUGGACACGAGACUGGACAUCAGUCUCACGGUGGACACGAGACUGGACAUCAGUCUCACAGUGGACCCAAGACUGGACACCAGUCUCACGGUGGACACGAGACUGGACAUCAGUCUCACGGUGGACCCGAGACUGGACCUCAGUCUCACCGGGGACAUGAGACUGGACCUCAGUCUCACCGGGGACAUGAGACUGGACAUCAGUCUCACGGUGGACCCGAGACUGGACAUCAGUCUCACGGUGGACACGAGACUGGACAUCAGUCUCACGGUGGACACGAGACUGGACAUCAGUCUCACGGUGGACACGAGACUGGACAUCAGUCUCACGGUGGACCCGAGACUAGACAUCAGUCUCACGGUGGACACGAGACUGGACAUCAGUCUCACGGUGGACACGAGACUGGACAUCAGUCUCACGGUGGACCCGAGACUGGAAAUCAGUCUCACGGUGGACCCGAGACUGGACAUCAGUCUCACGGUGGACCCGAGACUAGACAUCAGUCUCACGGUGGACAUGAGACUGGACAUCAGUCUCACGGUGGACCCGAGACUGGAAAUCAGUCUCACGGUGGACCCGAGACUGGACAUGAGACUGGACAUCAGUCUCACGGUGGACAUGAGACUGGACAUCAGUCUCAUGGUGGACCCGAGACUGGACAUGAGACUGGACAUCAGUCUCACGGUGGACAUGAGACUGGACAUCAGUCUCACGGUGGACCCGAGACUGGACAUCAGUCUCACGGUGGACAUGAGACUGGACAUCAGUCUCACGGUGGACAUGAGACUGGACAUCAGUCUCACGGUGGACCCGAGACUGGACAUCAGUCUCACGGUGGACUCGAGACUGGACACGAGACUGGACAUCAGUCCCACGGUGGACACAAGACUGGACAUCAGUCUCACGGUGGACAUGAGACUGCACAUCAGUCUCACGGUGGACAUGAGACUGCACAUCAGUCUCACGGUGGACCCGAGACUGGACAUCAGUCUCACGGUGGACCCGAGACUGGACACGAGGCUGGACAUCAGUCCCACGGUGGACAUGAGACUGGACAUCAGUCUCACGGUGAACCCGAGACUGGACACGGGACUGGACAUCAGUCCCACGGUGGACCUGAGGCUGGACACGGGACUGGACAUCAAUCCCACGGUGGACCCGAGACUGGACACGAGACUGGACAUCAGUCCCACGGUGGACAUGAGACUGGACAUCAGUCUCACGGUGGACCCGAGACUGGACACGGGACUGGACAUCAGUCCCACGGUGGACCCGAGACUGGAUACGGUACUGGACAUCAGUCCCACGGUGGACCAGAGACUGGACACGAGACUGGACAUCAGUCCCACGGUGGACACGAGACUAGACAUCAGUCUCAUAGUGGACCCGAGACUGGACCCGAGACUGGACAUCAGUCUCACGGUGGACCCGAGACUGGACCCGAGACUAGACCUCAGUCCCACGGUGGACAUGAGACUGGACAUCAGUCUCACGGUGAACCCGAGACUGGACACGGGACUGGACAUCAGUCCCACGGUGGACCUGAGGCUGGACACGGGACUGGACAUCAAUCCCACGGUGGACCCGAGACUGGACACGAGACUGGACAUCAGUCCCACGGUGGACAUGAGACUGGACAUCAGUCUCACGGUGGACCCGAGACUGGACACGGGACUGGACAUCAGUCCCACGGUGGACCCGAGACUGGAUACGGUACUGGACAUCAGUCCCACGGUGGACCAGAGACUGGACACGAGACUGGACAUCAGUCCCACGGUGGACACGAGACUAGACAUCAGUCUCAUAGUGGACCCGAGACUGGACCCGAGACUGGACAUCAGUCUCACGGUGGACCCGAGACUGGACCCGAGACUAGACCUCAGUCCCACAGUGGACAUGAGACUGGACAUCAGUCUCACGGUGGACCCGAGACUGCACAUCAGUCUCACGGUGGACAUGAGACUGGACAUCAGUCUCACGGUGGACCCGAGACUGGACAUCUGUCUCACGGUGGACACGAGACUGGACAUCAGUCUCAAGUUGGACAUGAGACUGGACAUCAGUCUCACGGUGGACACGAGACUGGACAUCAGUCUCAAGGUGGACAUGAGACUGGCCAUCAGUCUCACGGUGGACACGAGACUGGACAUCAGUCUUACGGUGGACAUGAGACUGGACAUCAGUCUCACGGUGGACACGAGACUGGACAUCAGUCUCACGGUGGACCCGAGACUGGACAUCAGUCUCACAGUGGACCCAAGACGGGACAUCAGUCUCACGGUGGACCCGAGACUGGACACCAGUCUCACACUGGACACCAGUCUCACAGUGGACCCAAGACUGGACAUCAGUCUCACGGUGGACCCGAGACUGGACACCAGUCUCACGGUGGACCCGAGACUAGACACCAGUCUCACAGUGGACACCAGUCUCACAGUGGACAUACUGCACUCUCAGCAGUGCAGACAGUGGGACAUCAUGGACCCCUCAGUCACACUGCAGCUGCCCCUCUGCACCAGGAUCAUUUAA